AUGUCUUCACUUUCAGAAUAUGUCUUGCACAUGAGUUGUCUCAGUGCCCGGCUACUCGGUGAAGUUGCCAGGCCCACUGAUUCUAAAAACAUGAAAGUGGUGAAGCUCUUCAGUGAGUAGCCUUUAGCCAAGAAGAAGAAGACUUAUGACUGGUAUCCAAAUCACAACACUUACUUUGCACUCAUGGGGACACUACGUUUUCUUGGCCUCUAUAGAGAUGAGCAUCAGGACUUCAAGGAGGAGCAGAUGCGUCUAAAGAAGCUUCAUGGCAAGGGGAAACCAAGGAAAGGAGAAGGGAAAAGAGCAGCAAAAAAGAAAUAG